AGCAGGAGUGGUGAAACACAACCCCUGGCACUGCAGGAGGUUCCUCUCUCCAGGCUUCUCUCUCUAUGCUCCUUUCUCCUGCACUCCUGGCCUCCUGAAGAUGCCCAGGAGAGGAGCCCUUCCUCUGGAGAUACUCCUGGUGCUGCUGCAGCUGGUGUUUGUCCCUUCCCCACUGGCAGGCUGCCUCCUCAAUCCCUGUUUGGAGAUCACCCCUAACACAACUUUCAGAUGCACCGGACUGAACAUCUCUGGAGUUCCUGAUGGAGUCCCAAACACCACCCAGAACCUGGACCUCAGUUUCAGCAAUCUGAAAUCACUGGGCUCAAAUUAUUUUGCAUCAGUCCCUGAGCUGCAGCUUCUGGAUCUUUCAAGGUGCCACCUCCAUACAAUAGAAGAUAACUCCUUUGUGGAUCUCCAGAGACUUUCCACCUUGAUUUUAACUGCCAAUUCCCUCCAGUACCUGGGGAAAGCAGCUUUCUAUGGCUUAACGUCGCUGAAGAAACUGGUUCUGGUGGAAACCAACAGAACCUCUCUGUCUGAGCUGCCCAUUGGCCACUUGCAUACCCUGCAGGAGUUGAAUUUAGGCCACAACAGCAUUACUUCAUUGAAGCUUCCCGAGUAUUUCGCCAACAUGACCUCCCUCAGGCACCUGAGCUUCUUCUCUAACAAGAUCACAUCUAUCUCCAGAGGAGACCUUGAUGCCCUGAGGGAAAGGAACAGGCUCAACCUCACGCUGGUGCUUUCCUUGAACAAUAUAAAAUUUAUAGAGCUGAGGGCCUUUGCAGGGAUUCACCUCGCUGAGCUGGCUCUCCGGUCUGCUUUUGAGAACUUCAGUGUGAUGCAAGCUUCUCUGCAAGGUCUGGCUGGUUUGCAGGUCAGCAGACUCAUAGUUGGGGAAUUCAGCGACAGUGAGAGACUGCAAGACUUUGAGAGAGGGCUCUUGAGUGGACUGUGCCAGGUACAGAUGGAAGAGUUUGUCUUAAUCUGCUUCAAGGGUUUUGAGUAUAACACAGACACUCUCUUUAACUGCAUAGGCAAUGUCUCCACUAUUCGCUUGGUGAACCUCAGACUUGAGGAGAUAUCAGAGGUUCCUGUGUGGUCUAAAGUGAAACACCUGGAAUGCAAGAAAUGCCAUUUUGAGGACGUACCUGCUGUGAAGCUGUCGCUUUUCAAGGAACUGAGAGUGCUUCGUAUUACCAAGAACAAAAGACUCAGGAUCUUCAAGCAGAAAUUUAACAGUCUCAGUAACCUGGAGGUCAUAGAUUUGAGUGAGAAUAGCCUCACCUUUAGUGGAUGCUGUUCCCCUCAGUUUGAAAAUUGUCCAAAUUUGAAACACUUGAACUUAAGCUUCAAUUCCAAUAUCAAACUGACUGGAGAUUUCACUAAUGUGAAGAAUUUGUUAUAUUUAGACCUUCAGCACACAACUUUAUUUGGUCCUGGCUCCUACCCUGUCUUUCUAUCCCUUCAGAGACUGAUUUACCUUGAUAUUUCCCAUACCAAAAUUGAAGUUAAAUCCCAGUGUACAUUUUGUGGCUUGAACUCUUUGCAAGUGCUCAAGAUGGCAGGGAACUCCUUUGAGGACAAUAAGCUGUCAAACAACUUCAAAAACCUAAGUCACCUCCACACCUUGGAUAUUUCAAGCUGCAAAUUAGUACAUGUGGAUCGAAGUACUUUUGAUGCCCUCUCUGAGCUAAAAGAGCUAAACAUCAGCAACAAUAAGCUCCUGACCUUUGAUGCUGGAGUCUACCAGCCGCUCCAAGCCCUCCGAGUCCUGGAUUUCAGCAGAAACCAACUGACUGUUCUGUUGUCCUCAGCCCGGGAAGUCCUGCCUGACAGCCUGGUCCUGUUGGAUAUCUCUCAAAACCUGUUUGACUGCUCCUGUGUGUACCUGGACUUUCUGAUAUGGAUCAGGGAAAAGCAGGAGCUGCUGCAGAAUAAGGAGCUGAUGCUGUGCCACAUGCCCUCGUACGUGACGAACGUGAGCCUGCCAAGCUUUGAUCUGUCCUCCUGCCACAUCCAUGCAGGCAAAGUUGUCUCCUCAGUGGUUGUGUUGCUCUGUAUAGUGGUGCUCCUCUUCAUGAUUUACAAGUACUACUUCCAGCUCUACUACUUCGUGGUGCUGCUCAGUGGGUGCAAACACUCCGCAGAAAGAGGUGACACCUACGAUGCCUUUGUCAUCCACUCCAGCAAAGACGAGGAAUGGGUGAUAAAGGAGCUGGUGGAACCCUUGGAAGGAGGAACACCUCCCUUCCACCUGUGUCUGUACCACAGGGACUUCCUUCCAGGGGUGCCCAUUGUCACCAAUAUCAUCCAGGAGGGUUUUCUAAGUAGCAGGAAUGUCAUCGCAGUCAUCUCCACUGACUUCCUGGAGAGCAAGUGGUGCAGCUUUGAGUUUGACAUUGCCCAGUCCUGGCAGCUGGUGGAGGGAAAGACUGGGAUCAUCAUGAUUGUGCUGGAAGAUGUGAAUAAGGCCCUGCUGAGGCAGAGAUUGGGGCUGUCCCGGUACCUGAAGAGGAACACCUACCUGGAGUGGAAAGACAAGGAAAUAAACAAGCACAUCUUCUGGAGGCAGCUGACAGGAGUCCUGAUGGAAGGCAAAAGUUGGAAUCAGGAGGAGGUAAAACUCAUGUGAAAAGAAAGAGUGGUUCCUCCUCCCCUGUCUGCCAUCCUGAUGGCUGGUGCUCAGAAGCUGGGUCUUCUCUUGCUGUUCAGAGUCAGAGGGAGUGGAUGGAGGCACUGCCAAAGCACUACAGGAAUUCCUGCCUUGCUGAUCACCUUUUCUCAAGGGAAUUUGCAAAUUCAGGAGUGACAAGAGCCAGAAGAGCUGCCUGAGCUCCGUGUUUGCCCAUGGCUGUCACCCGCAGGUAGCCCAGCAAUACCUCAGGUCUGGUGGGUCAGGGAACAGACCAAUGCCCUUACUGUCAUCUGGCUGCUUCUGAAAGUGGAUUUGGGUCCUGAGACCAUUCACGCAGAGGAAGUUCACAGUCUGUUUCUUUGAGUGGCGCCCAGAAUCUCAAAGGCAGAGUAAAGACACGGGAUUCUUGGCUCUAAAAAUGGUGUGAAACAGAAAGCAGACUUUGGAUUCCAAAAGUCUUGUGUCUGCUUCCGUGAGCACCAUGACUCAGGGGACAGACCCUCCAGAGAGCAAUGGGGCAUCUUUGUUCCAACUGCUUCUCCUCACCCAGUGUUUGUGGAUGUACUCUGGGACUGACUUAAGUGAGCAAAAUUGAGCCUGAACAAAGUGUUUUGAUGUUUACAGCCAUCCAGUUCUAGAUUAAGCUUUUUCACUCUCUGGACCAGCCUUAAUUCACUGUUGGAAGGUGCUGCAGGAGCCUUCAGGGUUUGAAAUGGAGUUCAGAUCUGCCUGUCUGCUCAGCCUUCCCCAGGGGUCAGCUGCCACCUGGAGCAGGACUGCAUGGGGGGUUUUGUUUUUGUUUCACUGAGAAUGUGCCUGACAUUCUGCAGGGAGAAGAGAUAGAGGGGAAAAGUCUGGAUUAGCUAAACUAAAUGUAUCCCAGCACAAUCCUGAAUCAAGGGAAGGAAGGUCUAAAUGCCAUGGAAUCAUAUCACAGAGCACUCCAUCGAUGUGUGGGAUAUUGGAUGGGGCAGGAGUAUUGCUCUCUGUUUAUCAAAGGCUUUGGUUGGGAUUAAUCACUGAAUUACUCUGGUUUUAAACUUGCAAAUCCUUCUAUAAUCAAUGAGGAUCUGCGGAGGCAAAACAGAAGCAACUGAGUGGUGAAUCAGAUCUGAUAUUUAUCCAGAAGGAAGGCCUGAUCCAGCUCACUUUUCUAAGCACCAGACAGGGACAUUUCUAUGGAGCAGGAUCAGGGAUCAGCAUCACACAUUAUUGCAUAGAGGGGGAGAGCCAGUUCCAGGCCUUGUGCUGGCAAAAGUUGAAUCACAGCUCCCUCCCUAUGUGCUGUGUCAGACAACACUACCAAAAACCCCCACAGCCCUCCCUAAGCUUUUUUGUGACCCAGGAGAUGAAGCUUUAAUAAAACUAAGCUUGAUGCUGC